CUUUCCUUCUGCCCAUCAUCUGCCUAUCCCGUCGUUCGUAGCUAUCUUCACACAAAGCCUCAGCUCGGGCUCUCACUUUCUCCGUUCUUUGCAAGAUGGCCGUUCCCUAUACCUGUACAACCUGCGACGAAGAUUCUACACCCCCGCCAUUGACGCAAUAUCUCAAUAUCUCUAAAUCGCUCGUCAAUUUCCCGGGUAACGACAUGGCGCUAUCAUCGUCUGCAGCUUCUUUCCUUCAAUCUGUCCUCAACGCCGAAGCAGAACUUAUUCCUUCCCAGAAGAAGAACUAUGGGAUUUCCUCGCUUAAAUUGCAGAUCAAGGGAGCACUUUCACCGAUCGGACGCCUCCCGACGGAGAUCUUCAUUGAGAUUUUUCGUUGCGACUUCACCAUUGACGCGUUUGACAGCUCCAAGGUGCCGUGGACCCUCGCACAAGUGUGCAGCACUUGGAGGGAAAUCAUAACCGUUCAUUGCCCAGACCUAUGGUCCUCUAUCACCGUCAAUUCCUACGCUUAUCGUCGCAAAGACCCUGUUUCCCUUCUGAAGACGGUCCUCAACCGGUCCGGCCAGAGCGAUCUGCACAUCGAUUUCUGGGAGAUUGGCAUCGAGAAAAAGAUCGCCAAACAAAUGCUUGAUCUCCUGUUCAACGUGUCGAAUCGCUGGAGCAACAUCGCCUUUGACCUACAGCCCAGUUCUUUAUCAUCCCUUUCUGUCGUGCGCGGACGUGUCGACAGGCUAUCCAAACUUUCUCUCAGCUACCAUGGCCACGGGCAGCCUCCAUCUUGCAUUGAUGCUUUCGAAAUUACACCGCUAUUGAGCGAUGUCAACAUUUCCGUUGGGAGAGAUGAUGAUGUAGUUACCAUUGUUCCCUGCGGAUCUGAGAGCCUCCAGCUUUACCACUACGAUCGUGCAUACGGUGAUGUUGAUUUGCACAGAGCUCUUCUAGAUACUAUCCUCAAGUCUCCGAACCUCAGCACAUUGCAGGCAUCCUAUCGCAAUCGCACCACUGUAACUCGGCCAUUCAGUACACGUAUCAACAGCACGUCUAUCAGGUUCCUCCAAGCGUUUGAACGUGAUCUUCUUGACAGUCUUUCCCUUCCGGCGCUAGAUACUGUAUGGCUUGGACCCGAUAAGCUCUGCCACACACUUUGUCCCGAAGAUACACUGCCGUCAUUGCUACGCCUCAUAACCGCCUCUCACUGUUCUCUUACUCGUUUGGUACUAGCAGAAAUCGAUAUCAGCCAUGGACUUAUCGCCAUCCUCCGACAUGCUCCAAUGCUGGACUCCUUGGAGUUGUACUUUGCCUGGUGGAGCAACUCUCUGGAUCGGGCCAUGCAGCUUUUCGUUACCGCGAUGAUGGAGUCGAACGCUGCUCCAGCCACUAGUCCUGGAACUCCUUUUCGACCAGCAAUCUUACCCUGUCUAACUUGUUUCAAGAUCGAAAUACGCGAUGUCUCAAGAUUUGGAAUGGUGCUCUUUAUCAACGACAUGUUUGUUCGAAUGUUGUCGAUACGAAGGACAAUGACGGCUGAUAAGGACAACAAACUGCUUCAAACUGUAACAGUCUCUCUCUUCCGAGGUUCGGUUCUUCGUAUGGCGUUGGAUAGCGAUUUCCAGGCUUUGAGAGAUGGGGGGUUGAACUUGACAGUGUCGCUAUCUGAGUCUAGCCCUGGUAUGACUCCCACCCCCUACUAG